ACAGAUAAGGGGUCUGCAAUAGCCCCCAGGCCGCCCCCUGCAGGGUCAGGAUUCGAGGGUGGCUGUUUCCAGAAGGCCAUUGUUUUGUUUUUUAAGAUAAAAGACCCCAAACCAAAGACUCCGCGGUGCAGACGGAGGAGACUAGCCGAGGGUUUCGCUUCUAGCGCCGCUUUCCCGGGAGCAGUGUCACGGGGACGGGGGUUCUGACCCACCACGGGGACACCCCGAAUGGACGCGCAAAAUGCGCUGCGAAUCCCCUCCGGGGAGAACGCGCAUGUUCAAAGGGCUUUCCAAAGUGGAGCCCUCUCGGAGGGGAUUAAAGAGCUGACCCUUGAAGGGAGCUUCAGGCAGGCUCAGAGCAGGGGGUCAGGCAUCCAUCGACUGAUUAACACCCACGGGGCACGGUCCUUCCUCCUAUGAAAUGCCCUUGACCACCGUUUGCAGGAGUGAUUGGGAAUACUGGGUCUUCCAGGUUUUGGGCGGCUCACUGAGACACCUUCAAGAGGCCUGGUGAGAAAGAGGACUGGUGCUCAGUCGUUACUGAAAAUCAGACACUCCCCCCCUCACACACACACUGUGUUUAAUGCGCCUAAUUUGGGCACCUAAAGUCACUAGCUGCUUUUGAAAUCUUGCGCGUUGACUUUCAGAGGAGCAGAGUCUGGCCUUCAUUUGGCACACUUGCGAAAAACACUGAAGGUUAAGAAGAAAAGAAGACCCUAAAGAAUGAGUGAUGGGAAAGAAUCCCUACUGGUUUAUUACUACCACUCUUUCAGGGAGCAGGGCUAGCCCCUGUCAGACAGGGAGGGCUCUUGUAAGAACUUAGGAGUCCGGGUGCCUUGCUUGUUUCAUAAAAAGCAAAGCACAGAGGAUCCUUGACAUCUUUUGUUUGCUGCCGGAGGCUCCCUUGAGACAAUUCCGAUUGUAAUGUUUGCUCUGAGUGGCCGGUUUUUCCGUGCGCUCCAGUGUUUGUGUAUUGGGGAGAAGCAAGAAGCAAAGUUAAUGAGGUUGCUGUGCUCCAAAAAGGAACAACACCAAACUGAAAGAAGAAAUACAUUGUUCAGAAAGUUGGGAAGAUCCCUUUUAAAAAGUUGAUUUGCUUCUGAAAGUGGAAAAAUGAAGCUGAGUCUUGCAAUAUUUCUGUCUUUCAUUUUACAGACUGGGAUUUGCUCUGGAAUAAAAUGGCUAGCUCUGUCCAAGACCCCCCCUGUCCUUGCUUUGAAUCAGACCCAGCACUGCAAGCAGCUAGAGGGUCUGGUGGUGUCUCAGGUGCAGCUGUGCCGCAGCAACCUGGAGCUCAUGCAAACCAUCAUCCAGGCAGCCCGGGAAGUGAUAAAGACCUGCCGUAGAACAUUCUCCGACAUGCGCUGGAACUGCUCCUCCAUAGAGCUGGCACCCAACUACUUGCUGGAUUUGGAGAGAGGUACAAGGGAGUCAGCAUUUGUGUAUGCCCUGUCUGCAGCAGCAAUCAGCCAUACCAUCGCCAGGGCCUGCACUACCGGGGACCUCCCUGGCUGCUCCUGCGGUCCCAUCCCAGGUGAGACACCUGGACCUGGGUAUCGAUGGGGAGGAUGUGCUGACAACCUCAACUAUGGUCUUGUCAUGGGGUCCAAAUUUUCAGAUGCUCCCAUGAAGAUGAAAAAAUCAGGAUCACAAGCCAAUAAGCUGAUGCAUCUGCACAACAGUGAAGUAGGGAGACAGGCCCUGAAAGCCUCUCUUGAAAUGAAAUGUAAAUGUCAUGGAGUUUCUGGUUCCUGUUCUAUCAAGACCUGCUGGAAGGGUCUUCAAGAGAUGAGAGACAUUGCCCAGGACCUCAAAAACAAGUACUUGUCGGCCACGAAGGUGGUCCACCGACCCAUGGGAACACGCAAGCAACUAGUACCAAAGGAUAUUGACAUCAGGCCAGUUAAAGAGACAGAGCUGAUUUACCUGCAGAGCUCGCCGGACUUCUGCAUGAAGAAUGAAAAAGUGGGGUCACAUGGGACGCAAGACAGGCAGUGCAACAAGACCUCCAAUGGCAGUGACAGCUGUGACCUGAUGUGCUGUGGUCGCGGCUACAAUCCGUACAUGGACAAGGUAGUAGAGCGGUGCCACUGCAAAUACCACUGGUGCUGCUACGUAACCUGUAAAAAAUGUGAGAGGACUGUUGAAAGAUACGUCUGCAAAUGAAGCCUCUCACAGUCGGUCAAAGAGCUUAGACGCCCAGGGCACCCAAGCACUAUUCCUAGAGGAAGUGACCUCUUUUGGACUAGACAUUGUUUAUCUUGCAAAGACAUGGACUGGGAGAUAAUUCCAGCAGUAAAAAUAACAUUAUUUUUUUUUAAAUCUGAAAAGUGGAAGAUUUUCCCACCAAUCCAAUUCUUCCUGAGAAGACAAGAGGCUUAAACCAAAACUCUGUUUGGAGUGUACCUUCUUGCAAAACCAUGCCUUCUGGUUGCCAAUGACAGCCAGCGAUCAAGUGCCUUUAGCACCAUGAGAAACAAAGAGAAAUUUUCUGGGGGAGGAAAAACGGUUUUGGAUCUGCCUCUGCUUAUGUAUCCUACCACAACGGGCCUUGAUUCUCCAGUAGCCUCCAGGACAAUCCCUGGCUACAGAUGCACUACAACUUCAAAGCAAUCAUUGUCUUUGUUUCCAAAGACUAAACUUUUAGAACGGGAGAAUCCACUCAGCAUGAAAAAGCCAGAAACAUUCCUGGUUCUAGCUCUGAAAUGAAAACGUAUGCAAAUCAAUUUAACCCUUUUCUUUUGUCUAGGGCUGAGACUUAAGUUACUGCUCUAUUUGAGGACCAGUAGUCCUGCCCCUAUUUAGUGUAGGCUGCGAGGGUGUCAAAUUCAAGUACUCACAAAAACGAAUUGGACCCCAGUGUCAAUGUGGCUGAGUGCCCAGAGAGCGGUGAUGGGAUGUAAUGUAAUGCACAGUGAAGUCAAAGUAAAAUAGAAAUGGAAAA